AUGGAUCCCAGAGUCAGAAAAGAUGUUUACUUGUUUAAAGCUAACAUCGAAUCUUAAAGGAGACCAAGCAGUCGCACUUUUGGUUACUAUACUGAAAGAUAAUAAGAAUACUCAUCUACUAAUACUUUCAGGAAAAAUAUACAACAGUUCUCAAAUUUUUCGAUUGAGAGAUACUCCUCGAAUAGCAAAAAACCGCAGGCUAGUAAGGAUAAUACACAAUUUUAAUCAGAAGACAGAAUCCACAUUAGUACAUUUUACUCAGACGCUUAAACAUUUCAACCCUUAAGUGGUCAAAGCUCUUUCCGAGAAAACUCACUUGGCUAGUUAAACGUACAAAGAGACAAGCAAAACCACGAGGAAACCUUAUAAUUCAAUCAAUCUACUAUCAUUUAGGAUGAUCGAUUCAAUGUGAAGUAUCAAGAUAUGAAUUGCUUUAUUCUGAUACUGCUUUUCGUAAAAGGUGAUUACUUUCCUGAAAAAGGCUAACUACUAAUUAAAUUUAACAGUUUGGUCAAAACUAUUGUCGAUAGCCAAAUACUGAAUAGAAGCUAGAUUAAGGGAUUUGAGAUAAAGUUAAGAUAAAAAUAUGGAAACGUCAAACACUCAUUUAACAAUGAGGAGAUUGAAUAGGUUCUUGUAUUUAUAGCUUAGCACUUUUUCCAAAAAGAAAUUAUCAGGAGUCCAUCUGCAGUAUUAUAGUUAAUGUUUAAAGAUUACUUAAUACCUUAUAUUAAGAAUUUAGUCCAAGCUAACAAUCAAAAGGCUUUAGAAAGGAUUAUUUUAGAUAAUAAUUUCAGAUUAAAGAUAACAUCAAAUAAUUCUAUUCACUAGACUCUAUAAAAAUCAGCCAAAAUUAUACAUAAAUUAUUAGGCUAUUAUGAGGAUAAAAAUUAGCACAAGAAAAAUUUCAGAGCAAGCUUGUAAAACUACUUCAAUUAGUGCAUCAUAAUAUUGAUGAGAGAUAUAGAAAUUGUCCCUUUUAUAAUACCUAAUAAAGACGCUUUUGCCUUAUUUUCUAUAAUCGCAAAGUAGAGUGAAAAAGGAUAAGUAAUAUUUGGAACUGAUUAGCUUUUGACAUAUUUUUAAUUAAUCAGCCAUUAUUACAUCAUAAUUGACUCUACAGAAGGCUUAAUAGAUAUCCUUGAGGAGUAAAUAAAGAUUCUUUUAAAAAGGAUCGAAGCAUCAAAAGGGUAUGAGGAUUAUAGAAAAGAAUAAAUUAUAGAAUCUAAGGAUAGACCUUCAAUUCUUCUAAUAAAUACUAUAACUUAAGCAUCCUAAUAAUCAUCAUUGCAGCCUUCAAAGCACCACGCUAGUGAUAGGAAGCCAAAUAAGAAUCUAAAGACUGAUUCAAAAGUAUAAUCCUCUAGAAAAACAUACAGUCUCUAAUCUUCCGAAGAAAUUCUAGAGAUAAUUUUCAACCAUUUCGCCAAUCCAUCUAAAAAUCUUGUAAAAAUAAGUUUUGUUCAUGAAAUUUUAAAUUUGCUGGAAGAUUUAAAUCAAAGUGAUGAGACUGAUAUUACAAGUAUUAAGGCAAUAUCUUAGAUUUUCAAAAAUGGAGAUAACUAUUACCUUAGUCGUCAAUAGUUUGAUCAAAUAUUCAUAGAACUUUACGAUAACUUUUUUUCUGUAUUAUAUGAUGGGGUUGAUUUUUUUAUUGUAAAAUUUCUGCACCCAUUGGCUCAAUAGAUCAUAAAUGGAACCAUUUAGAAGCCGAUGAAUUAAACUAUAGAUAACGGAUAUAAUAAUUAGCAACCAAGUUUAAAGCAUGAUCUAUCUAUUGAUAUAGAAACAAGAAAUAUGAUAUAAAAACUGAUUGAUUUGAUUUAGCCUUAUUUUAAGAUGUAUUCAGAAAAACAACUUGGUUAAAACCUAACCUUAAAUGGUUUCACAAAUUUUUGUAAAGCAUUUUCUCUAUAUCCUGAUCUCGUCUAAAGAUCCCACAUCCAUUAAAUGUACCAAGAUCUACAAUAUUAAAAUUGCAGUACUUCAUCAUAGAGUAAUGGACUAUUUGGUAUAAUAUAGCUUUGUGAAGCAAUAGCAGUAAUUGCAUUCAACAACUAUAAUGAUUAGCUAGAUCUGAGAUAGAUAAGUCAUUAGCAAGCUUUGCUGUAUGUGAUUGAGAGAAUGCAUAACUAACAAAUGAGAAUCGAUAAAUAAGCAUCCUAGCAGAUGAAAAAUCAAAUUUACUUUUCAAAUGAGAGAAGAAAAGACUUCUUAUAGGCUUUUAAUAAAGAAUUCAAGAGACAUUUCCCUGCAUAAAAAAAUCUCCAGAAUAAAGGUAGUGAUUUAGAGCGCGAGCUUACUCUAAGAGAUCUAAUAAAUAUCUAGAACUUUUAAUGA